ACCCGCAGCUGACCCGCUCCGAGAACCGCCGCCGAGCUCCAUGGCCCACGCCGCGCUCCCCGCCGCGCCCCGCGCUCCCCGGCUCCUGCGGGCCACGCUGCUGCUGCUGCUGCUCCUGGUGGCCUCCGGCCGGCGCGCAGCAGGAGCGCCCGCGCCCACCGAACUGCGCUGCCAGUGCUUGCAGAUGGUACAGGGAAUUCACUUCAAGAACAUUCAGAGCGUGAAGAUGUCGCCCCCGGGUCCGCACUGUGACCAGACUGAAGUCAUAGCAACACUCAAGUCCGGGCAGGACGUUUGUCUGAACCCUGAGGCCCCCAUGGUCAAGAAAUUCCUGCAAAAGAUGCUCAGCAGGUGAGUGUGGACCUGUCUUUCCCACCCCUGGCUUUGCCCCUGCCAACACUCUCUGGAGGGGGCGGGUGGUGCUGCCGGA